AUGACACUAAGCUUCUUUGACCAAUUUAUGAGCCCCACAUACCUGGGAAUUCCCCUAAUUGCCCUUGCUCUUAGCCUACCUUGAAUCCUCUAUCCAAAGCCCACUACACGUUGAUUAAAUAACCGUCUCAUUACACUCCAAGGAUGAUUUAUUAACCGCUUUACCCAACAAAUUUUCCAGCCCUUAAGCUUAGGGGGCCAUAAGUGAGCCACCCUCCUCGCCUCCCUUAUACUCUUUCUUAUUACCUUAAACAUACUUGGCCUUCUACCCUACACCUUCACCCCCACAACACAACUUUCUCUCAACAUAGCCUUCGCUGUACCCCUCUGACUUGCUACAGUCAUUAUUGGUAUACGAAACCAACCUACACAUGCGCUAGGCCACCUUCUGCCAGAAGGCACUCCUACCCUCUUGAUCCCUGUCCUAAUCAUUAUCGAAACAAUUAGCCUAUUUAUUCGGCCCCUCGCACUUGGAGUUCGACUAACCGCAAAUCUUACAGCUGGUCAUCUCUUAAUUCAACUCAUCGCCACCGCCGCCUUCGUUCUUCUUCCCCUUAUACCUACAGUAGCGAUCCUAACUGCAGUAUUACUCUUUCUGCUAACCCUUCUGGAAAUUGCAGUAGCCAUAAUUCAGGCCUAUGUCUUUGUUCUUCUUUUAAGCCUUUACCUACAAGAAAACGUUUAA